AUGCUUAGCAGAAACGUGGUCAUAUUUCUUGCACUUGUCUCCCUAUUAUUCUUUUUUCUAGUCUUUACAAAAAGUUUAUGUAAUAUUCAGGAUCAGUAUGACUAUGGCAUGGCGCUUAUUCAAAUCCCAUUCUUGCAAAACUCUCCAGAACGGGUUUCGGAUGACACUAAACAAAAAUCAUUCCGAUUUUUGAACAUUACUUUUGAUGACCCCAUUCCGCCUGCUUUGCAACCACCACUAGGACCACCAUCUGACCACAAAAUUGAGAGAUCUGGAGAUGAUGAAGUGAUUGGAGGCGAAUCCGCAAUGUCAUACUACCGAAAAUUGAUUGCUCAGACGGAUGACUUGAUGAGCAGAGUGACAAGUCACAACCAAAAAAUGCAAAUUCUAUCUGCUUUCGCAUAUAAGGAUCAUUUCUCAGCAGUAAUAGCGACACCGAAAAAAGUUGGAACUACUGUAUUCUGUCGGUACCUUGACAAUAAUGAUCGAGAGGUGGCUGAACCUGUUGAGUCCAAAGUGUAUCCAUCUUUUGUGGUUUACUGUAGCAGAAGGAAAAAUGCGGAAAAAUUGGGAAUCACUUCGAAUAAAACAGAACUACUGGGUGCAGACAACUCGGUGAAUCUCAUUCUUCGUAAAUUCAAAAAAUACCAACACCAUGUAUCCUUCUGCCUUGCUCCAACGUACGGCGCUGAGCCAAAAUGGCUGCAUAUUUUGGAGCUUGUGGAACACUACAAGCUACAAGGAGUCCUCAAAUUCUUCUUUUAUAUUCGAGAAAUUAGUGAAUAUGAUCGGAGAAUAGUUAGAAGCUAUGUGGAUAGUGGAGAAAUGGAAAUCAUAGAGAUACCGGGCACCGUAAAAGAUGUGAUAGCGCAGCAGUUGAUGGGUGUCGCUGAUUGUCUAUUGAGAAGUCGCACUUAUUCCGAAUGGUCCAUAUUUGCGGAUCUAGAUGAGAGAUUGAUAAUGACGGAUGACAGAGUUACAAUCGACGGGUUUAUGAGGACCAUCACCGAUAAAGAUAUCGGUUCUAUAGCCUUCCCUCAACGCUGGAUCAUGAAACGAGAGCAUAUUCCAUCGAAAUUCGAAAACGACCUCCAAAUAAUUGAAAAAUUGCCCACGCGUGCAUGGCAUGAAACGACGAGUGCCGCUUUGAAAGGGCAUCCCGUUUGUCAGGAACAACAACAGAGCUGCUGGGCAAAGGAUAUUGUGCACAAUGAAAAGGUCAUUCGAAUGCUAGUACAUGAAGUCGUCCAAUUCUACCCAGGAUUUCGAGAAGUGUUUCUGGACCCUUCUAUUGGUUACAUCAGGUUUAUCCGGUCCCUUUUCAUUUUCAAACUUCAAAAUUUCAGACACUACCGAGAUGUUCAAAUGCAGUCAUGGGAGCUGAAUAACCGGAAACAAUUGCAACUAUUCGGUCCAUUUUCUAAUACGAGUUACCCAAAUUCUCUAGGAAACAAAUUGUUGAAAAAUGUGCUUGAGAGAUUACAUCGGGUUUAUGGUUAA